AUGGGUGUCGACUAUGGAUUCGAUGUCCAUCCCACCCUCGGCCCAGGGUGCCAGGAUCUCUACGAGGCGUUCCUCGAAGAAGUCGUCCAGAAAUACAAGCAAGCCGUCCCGCCAACACUGGCAAGCCACCAAGGGAAGAAAGAUGGACAAGACGUCAUGGAUAUGGAGCUUCCACAAGGACCGUCCUUUGAACGGCUCCUUGACCUUGAAAAAAUGAACCCAGCACAGCUCCCAAUACAAUCGCAGCUCAUUCACCUCCGCAAUGUCCUAUCUCUAAACCCAACACUAGUCCUUGUGCUCACACGUGCCGCAUCACUUAACCUGCCCAACUGGUACCUAGCCGCCGGUGCCCUCUCACAAACCAUCUGGAACAACGUCUCAUCCCUCCCUCCCGAGACAGGAAUCCACGACUACGAUCUCGUCUACUACGACGCCUCAGAUCUCUCGUAUGAAGCCGAGGACGUCGUCAUCCAGGCCGGCAAGCAGCUCUUCGCCGACAUCCCCGUCGAGGUGGAGAUUCGUAACCAGGCCCGCGUCCAUCUAUGGUAUGAGAAGAAAUUCGGGCUCGCGCGUCCGGCAAACAAGAGUGUCGAGGAUGGCAUUGACUCGUGGAUAUCGACAAGCGCGAUGCUUGGUGUGAGGCUGGAUGAACAUGGGGAAUGGAUCUUUUAUGCGCCGAGGGGUCUGUCUGAUUUCUUUAACAUGGUUGUCCGGCCGAACACGGCCUUUGCGAAAAGGGAGAAUUAUGAAAAGAAGGUAGAGCGGUGGAAGGCAAUCUGGAGCGGACUCAAGGUUGAGGCUUGGCCAGAGAACGAAUCUACGUAA